AAACACUGGGAUCUAAUACUGUGAAUAUAAAUUGCGAAACAGGAACAAUUGCUUCAGGAAGUCUUAAAUAUCUUGGGCAAAAGGCGGGGCGAUGAAGAGAAAAUGAAAGUUAAACACCCUGACUCCAGGAACACAAAAAGAAAAGUUUUGUUUUGGCAUCUCCUUUGAGUUUGACUCAGUGAAUGUUACUGUCAGACAUUUAAAGCUGUCGAUUUGAGUCAUCGAAAUUAAAAUGGACACAAGGGAUAAACUACAGGAGUUACUGUCUGAGUAUGUUUUGGACACCCUCGGCUACAUUCAGACAGUCAGAGACUUCUGUGACAGAGUGGACAAAUGGAUCCUUCAGAGAGAGAUGGAGCUGGACACGAUAAGAGAUAUUAAGGAUCAAGCAGACAAAAUCAGUCUUAAGUUUGAGCAUGUUAAGAAUGCAGAGAAUAAAGUCAAGGGUUUUGGCGAGUACCUGUGGAAUGGUUUGACUCAGGUGACAGCUGACUCCAGACGUCAAACACUGGAGAAGAAGCUGGGUGCUGUCCUGAAGGACACUUUUGAGGGGCUGGAGAAACUUGAGCACUUCCUGGAUGCAGUAGAGAAACUAGCUGUUACCUCGCUAUUUGUUUUCACUACACGUUUCCUGCCAAUGGGCGUGAGUCCUGCAUGUGUGCGAUCGGUCAUCACAGCUGCAAGAAUGGCCUCUUCUCUACUUAUUCACUUCAAACGAAAUAAUGAAACUUUUUUUCUUCCCAUUCUCAAUAAUGUAGAAGUCCUGGCCUUUCAGCUAGACAAAUACAUAAACAUUACACAACAGCUUUGUAUGAAAAUGGAGAAAAAGUCUAAGAGUGUAUUAUGGUCUGGAAACAUGCAUGGUUGUAGGAAGGCUGAUCAUUUAGUCAAGUUUAAUUUGAACAUACUUGAGACCUCUAUGCAAAAACUGCUUGAUCAUUUGACCCAGUUGAGCAUAAUAAGGAUGGACAGUCACACCAAGUUGGCAUUUCUUUUUAAGGAAAAUGCUUUGAAAUUUAUUGGUUUGUUCAGUCAGCGUUACUCUAGGAUGGAGCAGUUCCUGUCAGAUUUGGAGGAAAGUGCAGUUCAGCUGGACAGGAUGAAAUUUGGGGCCAAUAUCUCCACUGUAGCUGGUAGUUCAGUGGGGUUAGCAGGGGGCGUCUUGUCCAUUGUCGGCCUCGCUCUUGCUCCUGUCACUGCAGGAGUGUCUUUAGCUCUCACUUUGACAGGAGUCGGUCUGGGGGUGACCAGCGGAGUCAAUAGCUUGGUCACGGGUAUCACUGAAACAGCAGUCAACAUUCACCAUGGUAAAAAUGCACAAAGCAUUUUCCAGAUGUACGUGGAUGAUGUGGAAAAGAUUCAAGGUUGCUUGGAGCAGGCAAUAGAGGAGGGUGUAGAAGGACCUGAUGUGGUGGAUAUUACAACAGCGAUCACAGCUGGGAAGUUGAUAGUCCGUUUUGGAGGAGUAGGCAAAAGUAUUGAUGCCAUUGUGGACACAGCGUCAGCUAUUAAAGUCCUUAAAAGUGAGGAGAUAGUUGCCACUGCAACCAGGAUAGGGCUGCAGGAGGCACAAAAUACCCGUAGCAUUCCCAAACUGGCUGCAGACCUGCCUGACAUUGGGCAGCUGGCAAAAGGGACACCACUAGCACUCUCGAAAGGAGCUAGAGCUGGAUUCAUCACUUUAAAUGCCCUGUUUAUUGGCUUGGAUGCCAUUUUCAUUUGCAGUAACAGUAUAAGUCUGGCAAAAGGGAGCAAGAAUGAAACAUCUAAGCUCAUCCGCUCCAGAGCAGCUCUGUGGAAAUCUGAGCUUGAGGCCUGGCAGAAAAUUAAUGAUUCCUUAUGCAUAGGAAUAUGGAGGUUAAGGAAGAGCCUGAAAGUGUUGGAGCAACCCUUUAUUCUUUAGAUUUAGACAUGUGUGCGUAGGAAAUGUUAACAUAUGUGAAAAUAU